CUAGAAGCCAAAAAUCGCAAACCCACACACCUAUUUUUUUUUUAUCUUUUUAUCCCCUCUCUCGAUUUCAAAUUUCACUCCUUUUUUCCACCCCCCCUCCUUCCUCUCCAUUAUUUAAUUCACUAUUUAUACAAUGUCUAAACUCGCCACAGAGAUUCUCACAAAGACGGUUCCGCCAACGGUCACUUUUGCUAGCAAGCCCAAGACCCUAUACGAGCUGCUCAAUGUCCAGCGCCUAAAUGCUUUCAAAUUCAAGACUACGCCCGAGCACUGGUACCAAAAGGGUUUCGAUCAAUGCUACUAUGAGAUCCACAAGGUCAAGUACAAGCAGUACAAGAAUGAACCAACCCAUGGAAAGGCUUGGGGGAUUCUGUUUUGGAACGGGAAGCCGGUUAAUGAGAAACCAAAGGAAAUCCGCGGUGGAUUAAAGUUUAGCUGGCGUAGGUACGAGAGCCCGCAUGCGAAUGGGAUCAAUAUGAUGCCCAGAAGGCCAUGAACAUGGAACGUAGGAGGACCCAUUUGGUUAGGGACUUUGUGGCUAGUAGAAUGCCACAAAGGCAGAGUAGGACUGACAGUAAUAUAAUAAUAAAAACAAUACAUAUACAUAUUU